CAGUUCCACUGAGGAAGACUACAAGUCCCAGCGGGCCACGUCCCAGAAUUCUCCGCGGGCAAGAUGGCUGCGCGGAGUAUGGCCGCUGAGACAACCCCGGAAUUUCGCCGCCCUGGGCUGGAACUUCCGGCAGGGCUGCAGAGUAAGCUCUACCCCAGCUGCUCGUGUGCUGACAGGUGCGACCCUGACCACUCCAUGCCUGCGAGCACCGGGAGGCGGGGCCUCGCCCGGGGCCACCACCUUUGCUGGUUGCUGUGCGCUGUCACCUUCAGGCUCUGCCAGGCAGAAGCUCCCGUUCGGGAAGAAAAACUGUCGGUGAGCACCUCUACUUUGCCUUGCUGGCUGGUGGAAGAGUUCGUGGUGGCAGAAGAGUGCGCUCCGUGUUCUACUUUCCAGGCUAAAACAAUCCCCAAGUGUGGUUCUACAGGAUACAUAGAGAAAAUCACAUGCAGUACAUCUAAGCGGAAUGAGUUUAAAAGCUGCCGUUCAGCUUUAAUGGAACAGCGCUUAUUCUGGAAAUUUGAAGGAACUGUAGUGGGUGUGGCCUUAAUCUUUGCUUGCCUUGUCAUCAUUCGUCAGCGACAACUGGACAGAAAGGCUCUGGAAAAGGUCCGGAAACAAAUUGAAUCCAUAUAACUGUACCACCUUUCAUCCUGCGUUUUACAGACCAUGGCUCAGCAUAAAAGAUGGAAUGGACAGCUUUAUGCCCUUGCUUCUUUGGAGUCUGUGGUGAUACACCCUUUCCUCUUCACAUCACACA